GCUAAAAUGCAUGAAAUUAUUUAAAUGUGCGAUUUUAUUACCUGAUAAAAUAUAGAACUAACUACUGGGGAUGUUUCGGCUUUUUCUCUGCGUAAAACUGUGAAUAUCUUGCAGAAAAGCCAGCUCACAGAUGUGCAGUUUAGCCCACCACUGUGGAGUAGGAGGGAACUGGGCGGGCCCCGACAUUAGGAUAACCAAGACAUGGGGCUUCCAAUAAGCAAAUGGCAGCAGAUAAGUAAAAAGUGAGCUCCUCGGACGCACGACAACACAGCAACUGGAGGGGGAAAGCGGCUCCUGUUCUGCUCCGUUCUCCAAACUUUGGCUUCAGACUGUAACGGGACAGAACCAAAAGGAUCAGAAGAGUCGCUUCUCAGUUUUGUUUGUAGCUCUUUUUUUCAGAUUCUUCUUAUGCCUGCGAUUUGUUUCGAACUUUGACGCUGUUUUUAUUUUGGUGGAGAGAUAAUUUAUCAUCUUGAAGAUUUUAAUCCUAACAAACUAAAUGACGGCAGAAGUCCAGCAGCCUCCCGCGCAGACUCCUGCCCAGAGCAGCCCGAUGUCUGCUCCGGAGAAGACGCACGGACAGACGGUGGUGAUGGAAACCGCCUCUUCCACGACCAAAACCAAGAAGACGAACGCGGGGAUCCGGCGGCCAGAGAAGCCCCCGUAUUCAUACAUCGCCUUAAUAGUCAUGGCGAUCCAGAGCUCUCCAACCAAGCGGCUCACACUCAGUGAAAUAUACCAGUUCCUGCAGAGCCGCUUCCCGUUUUUCAGAGGCUCGUAUCAGGGAUGGAAGAACUCUGUGCGUCAUAACUUGUCCCUAAACGAGUGCUUUAUCAAGCUGCCCAAGGGCCUCGGCCGACCUGGGAAGGGCCACUACUGGACUAUCGACCCCGCCAGCGAGUUCAUGUUUGAGGAGGGCUCCUUCAGAAGGAGGCCGAGGGGGUUUAGGCGUAAGUGCCAGGCGCUGAAGCCCAUGUACAGCAUGAUGAACGGGCUGGGAUUCAACCACAUCCCCGAGUCUUACAACUUCCAGGGGAGCGGUGGGGGCCUGUCCUGUCCACCCAACAGUUUGUCUCUGGACAGCGGGAUCGGGAUGAUGAAUGGACACCUGGCAGGUAACAUGGACGGAAUGGGUCUGUCCGGUCACUCCAUGUCGCACUUGUCAACCAACAGCGGACAUUCCUACAUGGGGAACUGUACCGGAUCCACCGGCAGUGACUAUCCUCACCACGACAAUUCCGCCUCCCCUCUGCUCACCAGCGGGGGAGUCAUGGAGCCUCACCCGGUCUACUCCAGCUCGGCGUCUGCGUGGGCUCCGGCCCCCACGAGCUCACUGAACAACGGGGCUUCCUACAUUAAACAGCAGCCGCUGUCCCCCUGCAAUCCGGGCACGAACACGCUGCAGCCCAGUCUGCCCACACACUCACUGGAACAGCCCUACCUACACCAGAACUGCCACAGCACCACAGAUCUACAAGGCAUUCCUCGGUACCAUUCCCAGUCUCCCAGCAUGUGCGACCGAAAGGAGUUCGUGUUCUCGUUCAACGCCAUGACGUCCUCGGCCAUGCACUCGCCGAGCAGCAGCUCGUACUACCACCACCAACAGGUCUCCUACCAGGACAUCAAGCCGUGCGUAAUGUGAGCGCCGGCGGCCGCGAAAAGAUCUGCAGAGAGCGCGGCGGCGGCGGCAGCGGCAGCCGCGCGCAGACUUGAGCCAUGACGCAGAAUGAAGUGAGAUGAAGGAUGAAGGUGCAGGGCGCUCACUGCUUCAAGCUGAGCCCGACUGCUUCCCCUCUGUUCCUUUACGCAUCAAAGACACGAACAAAUAGACAAAACAAACAUAAUAAUAAUAUAUAGUAAUUGUAAUAAUAAUGAAGACUUUUUUUUGCCAUCACCAUCGACCAGCGGGGUAAAAAGUGGCAGAAGGAACACGCCGCUGUUUGGUACUAAGUCCUGCAGAGCGGAAGACUAUCACUUCCCACUCCUCUUCAUGUUUGUUAAAAAAAAAGAAAAAGGGAAAACUGCGCAUCCAAAUUUAAGUUUUAACUUCUUUUAUACAAGAAUUGAAGUUGAUUUUUGUUUUUUGGGGGGGAGGUGUUGAAAAGUCACAAUGUUGGAAUUUAAAGAUUAUUUCUCAUGAACUUUAUAAACAUAUAUACUGAGCGUCCAUAUACUGUAUACUGUGUACAAAAAUGGCACUUUUUGAAUAGCCUGUAAGCGCAACCUUUUUUAUUUAUUCUGUAAGCAUAUAUUUUUUUUAUUUCAGGGGAAUCGACCAAGGACUUCCAUGCUUUAUUGGCAAUAUUUGUCAAAUCCCUGAUUUCUCUUUCAAGUGAAUGUCAGGAUAUAAUGCAAGCACUGUGGCGUUUGUGUCAGAUGGAUGUAAGCCCUUAACUUCAGCACUCCAUACUUCAGUACAGGCAGGAAAAUCCAUGAGGGGUCCACUUUUUUAAAUAAAAUGCAUCAGCUGAUAUGAUCAGACCUGCACAUGCUUUCAAAAUAGUUUUUUGUUAAAAGAAAAAAGUAAAUUUUCAUCCAAAUAAACACAUUUUUAAAAAUAUAUUCAGGGCAUUUUAAAUAAUGAUCCAGCCUUAAUGCUAAUCAGUUUAAUCAAUUGAAGAAUUUUGGUCAAUCUGCAAACAAGCUCAACAAUUUUUAUGUAACAACUAAAUUCAUAUGUGAUUGAAGGAGUUUUUAAGGAACCAGAGAAAGGGUUUAUUGCAUCGUUCGGGACGGUGCAGCUGCUCUCCUCAAAGACUAUUUGUCAAGUUUGCUUCCAGCUAAAAAACUCUUGUUGAGCUGUGAUUAAUGGUGCUGAUCAGAAUGAACUCACACUUGGCGUCCUGAAGACUUUUCCAGAGUGACAUUUCCAAAACCAUUUGUCAUUUUUACACAAAUUAGGAUUUCAAACGAGCAGAAAGUUGUACAUAGAAGAACAAAAGGGAAAUGUGUUUUACAUGCAUCCUGCAGGGACGCCUUAUGUCCUUUCAGACACCUCAUCUUGUACAGCAAUCACAAAAAAGAUGCAAUUAAAGUAAAAACGACUGAA